GAUUGUUUUUACUGUAAUUACAUAAGUCCUCAUUUAAUUUUUGUUUCCGCCAUAUUGAAAAUUAAGUUACGUAGGUAGUGUUUUAACAUUUAUUCUUCUUCCUAUUCCUAGUAUUUAUUUAACACAUUUCACUUAAUUGCAGUUGCAGCUUUGCUAAAUUAUUUUUUAAACAAUGUCAUAUGAUACAUUUUUAACAUGAAGGUUAUUGAAGUUAUGGUAGUUAACUAGAAUCACAAGCCUGACAAGUAAACUAUAGACGACUAUAAUAACUAUAAAUAAUAUAAUAUAUAGUAAGUUAGAUACUUUUGAAGUUGAACAAAUUAAGAAAUUAAACAUCUAUAAGAUAGCCCUUGUUAAAUGAAGCAAUAAUAUGUUUUCAUGUAGCACUUUUGGUUAAAAAGGUAUUUUUUUUUUUUGUGAAUUAAAAAAAAUCACUUUUUUUAACGGGAAGCGUUAUCCACACAGCUCUGUGAAUAACGUUGAGCGUUAUCGGCAGACCGAGAUCUGCGAAUAACGCCGAGCGUUAUCGGCAGGCCAAAAAUCUGCGAAUAAUGCAGAGCGUUAUUGUUAGACAGAAAUGUUCCCAUAAUUACGCACAUUUCUAGAAAUAAUUAAUUCCAAUCCGGGGUAGGGGUGUAGUUUUAAGUAGUGAAGGAUAGAUCGAUCGUUAAUGAGAAUGGCACAAACACAUCUCAAAACCGAAGCUACUGGUAUGCACAAGUUAAAUUUAAAAAAUUUAAUAGGCCUAAAUAUAGCCUAAUAUAUUGGAUAUAGGACAAUUAAUUGUGCCUACAUCUGCUCUGUUAGGCCCAACAUAUUCAACCUAUAGAGUGUUACUAAUAGAUCCAGUCAAACCUCCUACUCCUAGACUAGACAUAGCUAAUUUUCUGGUAUUUCAUAUUAAAUGUUAUACCAGUAAUAAAAAUGGUACCGGUAUUCUUCAUGUAGACUCACUUUCACCCAUUGUAGAGAUGUCUUUAAAUGAUGUCAAAGCUUGAUAGGAUAUCGUUUAGUUUUUUUUAAAGCACUAUGAUAUAUCACGUAGUCCAGAAAUGUUCUGACAGAAAUAGUUGACAUGCCGUGCAACAGUGUUAUGAUGCAGAGAGGUGUCUCCAUCAGGCGGCCAUCUGAGAGACGGGGAGGGGCAUAUAGGCCCUACAUCGAUAAUAACAGAAUCUAAUCCUGUUUAAGGCUAGUAUUUUUUCCUGAUCCUUGAGGGUGUCCCUAAGUCUACCCAGCUCUGGCCUUAGCUGGGGAAAAGUAAAGCUGGCUGGUUAUUGCGCUGGCAAUACACUCACACUUACUUGUAAAAGCUGCUUCAAUUGCCCCAAGGGAACUUUACUUCCCAAAGACUCGCAAUGCAUCCUACGACCAGCAGGGUUCCAAUUAAUUUCUGUAUGCUUUUUUUUAUAUUUAGACCCAUAGUUACAACAGUGACAGUAUGACUUUUUGUUUCAAUUAUCAUUUUUUUUACAAGAGCUAAAAAGUUUUAUGUCAAUGAUAUUGAUAUGUUUUAAGUACGGUACCGAUAUGUUCAUUUCAUUGUCAUCACUAAAUGUUAUUUCAACUCUUUCUGGAGCGGCAUAUUGUGUCCCUACUUAUUAUGAUACUUAUUAGAAAAUAAAAUGAAACAAAUAAAACGUGACAUAUUUUUUCAGCUAAACAUUAAUACACAACUCUGAGAUCUAAAAUAUUUGAAUAAGUAAGCUAUUAAUAAGUAUUUGUUUAUUAGAGAAAAAACAAAGGGAUGUUAAAGACUAUGAGUGGAAUUAUACAAAGAAAAUUAAACAGUCAAAAGAGCUAAAAGUAUAUCACAAUGUACAGUUAGAACAGCUGUAUCUGACUUAAACAGGGUUUAUGCGGCUCAUCUGCAUGUCCAUGUUGUUUACAGUUUUUUGACGAAACUUGAAUGAACAUUCUAACAAAAUAGAUUGAAACUUGUAACAUAAGUAACAAAACUAUAUGAAAAUAAUAAAUGCUGCAAAUAUGGUAUUCCAGUGUUUGGAAAAAUAUGUGCUCUACGUCAUCGAUAAUUUAAAUACUAUUAUGAGCAAACUGACCUAAAGCGCAUAAUUCCGAGGUCACCUUAGAAGCGAUUGUAAGAUCGCCACUUUUUUGCGUCUUUUUUCCACAUGCGCAAACUGAAUGCACGAGCGGUGAUUGAUAAGCCUACCUAAACCUAACCUGAACCCUAAAAUGUAUCCCUAAGCCUAAACUGUAAGAAAAGUAUUUAAUGUAAUCGAUAACAAAACAAAUUUAUAAUUUGAAAACUGUGACGUAGAAUGUAAAAAUCCUAGUACACCACAGAGCCGAUUGUGAAAUGCCAACAAAAGUUUUUCCAUGAUUUUUCAACUGCGCUAAAGGGAUUCGUGGGAGACUUUGAAAGUGCCUAUCUAAACCUAACCUGAACCCUAAUUCACGGCAACUUAAAUAAACACGCCAAUGGCGUCGUGUGGCAUCCUCAACUAGUUUCAGCCUAGAUUUUAAAAAUUGUCUUAUAGCCAAAAGCAGAUCUGUCUACUCUAACGAAUUGUCAAUGUUAUUGUUUAUUUUUUUACUAUGUUUAAGGGUAAAUAGGUCUGCAGAAAAGAUAUAUCCAGACCUGUUUACUCUUGAGAUUUUGCGAACAAUGUACGAUUUUUGGUAAUCUUGCAGUUCAAUUGUGUAUAUUAUUUUGAGCUUAAUUAGAUGUUCUGCUAUUUUAUAGGGGCCCAUAAGUCUUUUUUUUUUUUUUUCUUAUAUGGGGUGUAUGAAUAUGAUUCCAAACAAAGGCUCGGGCAUGGGCGAAUGGAACGAGAUCAAACUUAAUACACUUGAUUAUCUAUUUUAAAAAACCAGUACGGAAAGGUAAUGAAAGGUAAUCUUGCAGUUCAAUUGUGUAUAUUAUUUUGAGCUUAAUUAGAUGUUCUGCUAUUUUAUAGGGGCCCAUAAGUCUUUUUUUUUUUUUUCUUAUAUGGGGUGUAUGAAUAUGAUUCCAAACAAAGGCUCGGGCAUGGGCGAAUGGAACGAGAUCAAACUUAGUACACUUGAUUAUCUAUAUUCAAAAACCAGUACUGAAAGGUAAUGAACUCAUAAUUUUAUUUUGUCCUCAAGCUAGCCAAUAUACACGGUGUGGCUCAUGAUUGCAUAUAGAAAUGAACAUCUUUAAAAGCCCUUUAGCUAACUUUAGACGGCCCAUUUUUUCGGAAUAUGCUUUCAAUCUGGCAUGUAGGUUGAAUUUUUAAAAAAGCACAAGAAAAAGGAGAGAUUGUUUACCCUACCGGCUAUGUACCUAUGGGGGCUGUAAAAAUCAAUAAAAAGAAAAGUUAGUGCUAGUGUUAACUAAAACUGUCCAGACUAAGUUAUAUAAGGAAUACACAUAAGUUUACACAUGAUGAUACAAAUUUUGAUCAGAAAUAAUAUACGCCACUGGAUUGCAAGAUUACCCGAUUUUUAAUGUCUUUUACGAUUGUGCGCCUGACAGAACUAUGAUUUUUUGUAAAGAGUGGGUUGAAAAUAUAUACUUUAUAUAGUAGGUACUUUGAUUUAAAAAAACAACAACUUUUUGUAAAAAUAAACCAAUUGCAUAGUUUAAUAGAGCUUAUUUUUUAAAGAAUUAAAACACAUAAAUCAUAUGUUUAGCUGUUUUAGUUUUAAAGUUAUGCAUUUUUAAAGUACAACUUCAUUUGUCCUUUUUUUAACAUGGACAGCAUCUCCACAUUCUGUGGAUACAUAAUGUAAACUUUAGCCCCUUUCAUUUACCUUUCUAAAAAUAUAUACUUAUUGCGGGUAAUUUAAUGCUAUUUUAAAAGGCUCUCAAAAAGCUCUGAAAAGCUUCCACACUACAGAAUGAUUCUAUCCUACAGGUUGUGGGUUAAUGUAUUUCCUAUAAUAGUAUAGCUAAUUAAAUGUUGUCCUUUUUUUUCAACAGAUUUUUUAAUUUAUUUCAAUCACUGAGCACAGUUAAAUCCUUUGUCAUGGCUACAAAAGUCUCCAGAUUUAGUGAAUUCCAGAAGAGUCCUCAUGAUUUACGCAAAAGGAGUUUAACUCCGACUGAUGCUAAAAAGAAGCAACCUAAUUUGCAUAAACUUUUGAAGAAGAUGUGUUUCUUAUUCCAUAAGAUCAGUUAUAAACUGGAAGGGGAUUGUCCGAUUGAUGUUGGUGACCAAGCUUUGGCAGUUUUCAUUUUGACCUCUAAAGAUGUCAACAAACCAAUGGUAAACAAUUAUGCUUGUUUAAAUACAUUAGGUUUCAUUGUUGUUUCCGUCAAUGUCAUUGUCCGUAUUGGGUUGGGAUCCCAAGGGAUUUAAUCUGGAAAUUAAUUUUUAAAGGGGCCCCCUAUCUCAGGCAAUUAUUACAGUACACUUAUGGAAUGGGCCACCAAUAGGGGCCCCUCUUAACUUUUACUAUUACUAUACUGUGACUAUAAAAACACAGGUGGUUCAGCCCACGAAAAAUAAAUAUUUAAUUAUAGAAAAAAUACUUUAGUGCACACAUAUUACACACAAUAUACAUAUGUAAAGAAUAGGGGUGUGCCGGAAUCCGGUUCCGUCGGAUUUUGCACUAUCCGGUGAAAUCCGGUUCCGCCGGAUUUACAAGUAUCCGGAACAACCGGAAUAUACCGGAUUUCGGAAUUUGCCAGAUUUUGUGACUCACCGGAUCACAGACCUGUUUACUCUUACGAUUUUGGCGUACAAUGUACGAUUUUUAGAUGUCUUUUACGAUUGUACGCCAAGACACGCCAAAACUACGACUUUCAGAGACCCGGUGGAAAAAAUUUUCCCCUGAUUUCAAAACAUUAAUAAAUUUUCGGGUUUGGACGUUUUAGCCCUCUGUAAUGAAGAUCUGGCAGUGAAUAUGAACGAGAAAAACGAUUGGUUGGAUUUUUUUUUUUUUUUUAAAGUUGGGACCAUCCUUUUUAUAUUUCGAAAGCACUCAUGGGGACUGGGGGAGGUGGAGUUGUUGAUGACGGAAAUUGUGGCAUAUGAGACACGCAUGGGUAGGGGAUUGGUGGGAGUGUCAAAGGAUAUAAAUAAAUAACCCCGACGUAUCAUAUUGAGGGGAUCACAGUGAACUAGCUGGCUGCUGCGUCAACAGUAAUAUUUGGACUAGUCGCCCUAGCGACAACUUCACUCACCAUCGCCUUUGACUGCUACCAAGCGUGUGACGUAGUUUUGGUACAGAAUUAUUUUGUUCCUCAGAACCGCGGCGAUUGUAAAACUAGAGAUGGUUUUUUAAAUAAAAUAGAUGAUCCAACUGUUCUGCAGUGGAGCGUUGGAUUUUGGCAUACCGGUAUUUUAUAAGAUCCAGUCAGCGACAUUUACAAAAUAUAUGGAAAUAUUUUGUAGUUUUAUCUAUUUACUAUAGAGAUAUUGUAUUGUACGAUUUUGAGACCAGAUUGUACGAUUUUAGGGGUUUGAGGGUAAACAGGUCUGCCGGAUCAUAAUCUGAAAUAAAAGUAAUUCUCUUUCCCGAAUUCCACACGAUCACGAUGCAUUAAUCGAUUGUUUCGAGCGUUGAGCUUGUUUAAUGUUUAAUAUUCCGAACAUACCAGAGGCUAGAGUCAGCACCGCUAAUAGUGGCCAAUCGGCCCAAUCCCAUUCAUGAUAGUGCCAACUGUUCAGAAGGCAUCCAACCCCUCAGAUUUAGCGGUAUCUGCAAAGUACCGGAAUCCGGGAGAAACGGGAAUCCGGAUUAUUCCGGAUCCGGCGGAUUUCGCAUAAGAAAAUCCGGAUCCGGUUGGAAAAAACGGAUCCGGCACACCCCUAGUAAAGAAUAACUAGUAUACUCUCUAAUACUAUUGAAUACUAUGUUACGACUGGCUAUCUUGCCCUUUGUAGCAGGUCCGGUCCACAACACAAACAUCAGUCUUGUUUGUUUGACCCCCUCUCUGUCUCGCUAUUCUCUACACGGCCUGGAUAGAGUCUGUGUUUAUCUCUCGUAGGCCUACACUUGGAUUCUUUACUUAGGAUGUAACGCUAGUCUAGUCCUUAACCUACUGACUCUGACUGACUGGUCUAUACUCUAUGGCAGUGGUUCUCAACCUUCCUAAUGCCGCGACCCUUUAAUACAGUUUUUCUUGUCGCGGCGACCCCCAGUCACACAAUUAUUUUCGUUGCUACUGUAAGGAUAUGUGUUUUCAGAUGAUCUUAGGCGACCCCUGGGAAAGGGUCGCGCGACCCACAGGUUGAGAACCGCUGCUCUGUGGUAUACUGGCUGUAUACUGACCUCAACUCUACUGAACUAUACUAAACUAAAGUCAACUGUACUGAGUCUCAACUCCACUGUUCUCAACUAUAAUAGUCUAUUCUCGACUGGCUAGAAAUGAAAUUAAUUAAUGCAGCCACUGGCGUAACUAGGGUCGGUGUCACCUGGUGCGGUAAACUCAUGGUGUCACCCCCCCCCAACUUCCAUGAUGGAUUUCUUGUUGUUAAAAUCAGUCCACUGUAUAACAAUAACAAGAACAAAAUCACAUAAAUCGAAGGUCAUGAGGUCAAUGUAUUUAAAAUGUUAAGUUAUAGUUGUAUUUACAUUAAAUGUACUUUUUUGAAAUUUUCCCUUCCUUGUUUUCAAAGCUUUAAACCAGUAAAUCACUUGAUCAAAAUCAACAUCCUUCCUGUAUUAUUUUCAAUUGAUAGCAGAGCCAUAUCAGAAAGCCUAGACUGUCCUAUGGUGGAUCAUAAAUAUUUCUUGAUAAACCUUAGGCUUUAAAAGCUCCGCUCACAUAAACCCACAUACACACAAAUCAAAAGGAAAAAUUGAAUGCUUAGCGAGAGUAUUGGAAGAGAUUCUAAGACUUUAAAUUAGGCUAUGAAUUUCAAAACAUCGAAUACUGACCAGUCCAUGACUUUGAGAAACCAGCUGCUUUUAGAUGUCUUCUAAGCUUUGAUAUUUCUUUUAAAGGUUCAUCUUCUGAUAACUCAUCAUGAAAGAAGUUAAUUUUGGAACGGACACCACUAACUCUUCUUCACUUGCUUCACUCUUUGGGUUGAACAGCCCCAAAAAUAUCUGCUACUUCCUUGAUCGCUGAUUAUCCGAUCUGGAUUUCAGAAUGAAAACGAUCAAUACACUCCAGCAUCUCCCUACUGUGUUCUUCUCUCAGAAAGAGUCCAGCAUCUAUUAAUUGUUCUCCUGUCAUUCGCUUCAUAAAACUUAUUCUUCUCGGUACCGAAAUUCCAAAUUGGUCUGAUUUUAAAAGUGCAUUUUCGAUAGCAUGUUCAACCAAAUGACAGGGCUUCUCGGGCAGAAACAAUCUUAACGCCUCUAGGUUGGCCACUCCUUUGUCAAGAGUAAAGUCUUAAGUCUGCAGAUACUGCUGUGUAAGAUUAACUUCCUGAAGUAGAUCAGCGCAAAGGUAGUAGCGGGGAACCUUGUGGAGGAAUCAGUGAUGGAAUCUCAAUGCAGGCCACAAGUAUGUUUUUAUAGGUUAUAAAUGCCAUGGACACCAAAUAUAUGUAUAAUAUAUGAAGAAACACUUGGUCAAGAUGCUAAGAUUUGAACCACCAUGGGCUUGGCUAUACAAAUUUCCAUAAUUGCUACAUGUGAGAUAACCCUAGCUAUUUAAAACAAAUAAUACCAUUACCUUAACAAACAAUCAUACAUGCAUAUGUAUAAUAUUUAGUCACAGAAGACCUGCCUAAAUAGGAGCCAGAAUGAUGAAUUCAUUGAUCGUGGGCCCUCAAGACCUAGAAGAAGAAGAUAAACGUGAAAUCACAGACAGCAUGUAACGACCUUGUGCUGUACCUCUUUGUAUUCAAACUUUCAAGAGGAUUACAUAGGGCUUCAAUCACCACCACACUUUCAUAAAACUCAUCUUUUAACAGCAGCAUGAUGAGCACUCCAACGCGUUGACAGUCUUUUCAAUGAAAUUCUAGUGUGUUCAAUUAGAACAUUCCAUCGAUUAGUGGAUGCAGCAAAGAAGGAAAAUAUUCUUUCAAGAGUACCGAAAAAUGUAAUAUAUGAAGCCAUUUCUGCUAAAGAGUGUUGACCACAAAAGUUAAGUCAAUGGCCCACACAUCCACUAAAAAUUGCUUUCUUAGUAUUUCUUUUCAGAAUGGCUUGAACACAUCCAUGGAUUCCAGACAUUGUGGCAGCAUUAUCGUAACCUUGCGCUCUGAACAUCAUUAUUUCUAGUCCAUUACGUUUUAGAUUUUUAAGAAUGUCAGAACUGAGGUCAUCAGUUUUUUUUCCCUCUUAACGGGAAAAAUGCAAGAAAUACUUCACUCACUUCAACAUUCCCAUUGUUGAUUUUAACGUAUCUGAUCACUUCAGACAUCUGGUCACUGUAUGAUAUAUCAGGUGUACUUUUGGACAUUAUUCCAAAAUCACGUCGAAGAAUUUAUAUCCUUCAUAAUAAUAAUCUCCUUCACAUGAUUUGCAAGGACAUUUACAAAUGCAUUUUGGGUUUCUGGUGAAGGUAAGAUAUGGAUGCGUUUUCUGUAGAUUUACUCCGCUUUGUUAUCACUUUGUGCUCUUUUAGCACUGGGUCAUAUUUAGAUAGCAUCUUAACCAUUUCAAGAAAGUUUCAGUGAAGAUUCAUUUUCAUUGUGGCCACGAAAUGCCAGAUUUUGCUUGCAAGAAACAAUGUGCUAUCCAGCAACCUGUGCGGGAUUUACUUCCACUUUUUGUUCUCCCUGUCCAUCACAGCAAUACAUUCGGCAUCAAUUGUUUUGUGUAUCUUAUGUCCUGCUGCCAAUGUUUCCUACUUUUCAAGGCAACAUAGAUGCUCUUCCGAUGCUUCAUGAUUUUGUAAUUUUGGCUCAAGUCCCACCACUUAUCAAAGCCUGUAACAAAUUUGGAUGUUGUUUCUGUAACAUUGACAGCAAACAUUCUGCAGCAUAAACACUACAAUUUGUGACUGAGGAGUGAAUAACCAUCCACAAACGCAGUAUUUUCUUGCCAUUUUGCAUCAUCCUGUAGAUCCAUUGUUUUGUUAGUUGGCUCCUUUAGAUUUCGCAUUUAGCCUUGUCACUACACUGAAAUAUCCGUCCUUGUUCUGAAAUGAGGUACUCCAAAUUUUAAUUGUUUCAGACCGAAAAUUAUUUGGAAAUGGUACAUUCCAGAAAGAAGCAUUAGAUAAAAUGUGAAUGAAUGAAAUAGCGAAACGAGGUAUGUGGAAGCUUGAAAUAAGAUAACAGGAUAAAAAAACAAGGCAUAAGGCCUUCCUCAGCCAACAAUAGAAAUUAGGGAUGUGCCGGAUCCGGAUUUUCUUAUGCGAAAUCCGCCGGAUCCAGAUUCCGGUUUCUUCCGGAUUUUGGUACUUUGCAGAUACCGAUUGGCCACUAUUAGCGGUGCUGACUCUAGCCUCUGGUAUGUUCGGAAUAUUAAACAUUAAACAAGCUCAACGCUCGAAACAAUCGAUUAAUGUAUCGAGAUCGUGUGGAAUUUGGGAAAGAGAAUUACUUUUAUUUCAGAUUAUGAUCCGGUGAGUCACAAAAUCUGUCAAAUUCUGAAAUCCGGUAUAUUCCGGAUUCCGGUUGUUCCGGAUACAUGUAAAUCCGGCGGAACCGGAUUUCACCGGAUAGUGCAAAAUCCGACGGAACCGGGUUCUGGCACACCCCUAAUAGAAAUGAAAAUAUAACAAAGAAAAGAGCACAGUAGACAACUCAAGCAGUAUCCAUUCGUGUCGCCGGAAGUGGGAACACAGGAAGCGAGAGAAUAUAAAUAUUGACACUGUGAAAAAUGAAGUCCACAAUAAUAAUGGACCAGAAUAUCCAGGGAUACAUCAACACAGCAAUAAGAAAAUAGAUGAAAUAUAGGGAAACAGAGAAACAUUAGUCCUUUCAUUUAUAUAGAUAAAAUGUGCCAGUUUUUGUCAUUGUAUCUUGGUUUGAAUCAACAUUAUCGGCAACCAUGCAUGUCUUUUACUUGUGUUUUUACGUCAAUAUUUUCCAUUUUCUCCACUAUUUGCUGAAAAUAAUGCAUGCUGCUGGUAUCGGGAGAAUCAGUAUCAAUGGGUGGCUGAGGAACGCCUUUUUAUGAACCCAGACCCUGAUCAUCAUUAGCUUUCUUGACAUAUCGAAGCAUGUAUUAUGGUAGUGAUUUUAGUGACUUGCAUAUUUUAUUUUUCACUGCUGACAGCCACUUGGCCAUUUAGAUUUGUGCACGAUGUGUGGCACAAUAUAAUUAUCUUGAACAAUAAAAAUGAUUAAAUUUUGUCAUGUUCAAUACAAGAAAAAAAGUAAUUUCAAAAACAACAGUCAGAGCACUGUACAAAAUACAACAGAGAAAGGUAGCAGGUAAAACCCAGCAGUCGAAAUAUGACAAUCAUGCUAAAAGUUAAGGGGUGAUACUAGUGACGAAUGGGGGAAAAUAUUAAUUUUUGAACAUUUCUGGUUUUCGAUAUAUAAUAUUAUAUCUCUUCAAAUAACCUUUCUUUAUUUAAAUAAAUAAGAAUAAAUCAUUAAAGGAUUGCUAAUUGUGCAAAAUAAUAUAUUUUUUUAAAUCCAUAAAAUGGGUAAAAAUUAAUUUUUAAUGUUUUUAAUUUUUACCAAUUCUUAUAAUUAUAAUGGCCCGACCACACUUAUUUGGUAUCAAUGGAAAGCCCUAUUUCUCAGAAUUUAGAUAAAUAUAGACUCCUGUCACUUACGGAAUUUAACAAACACUGCAAUCGGCGUGGAAUGAUGACUAAACUCCGAGUAUAUUUGCUAGUUAUAAAUAUUUUCUAUAGCAGAUAUGAUUAAACACUUUGCUCUAAUAACUUUAUAUUUUUAAUGUAAGGGAUUUGGUGUUCUUUAAAUAAAUUGUACAUUGUAAUUUAUUGUCUUUUUUUAUCCUCCACAGCCAAUACCCAAAGCUGAAUUACAAAAUUUGGUUAAACUUGUUGAUGAUUUAUUGCCUUUGGAAGGAGUUAAUGAUUUAGAUGAAUCAAAGGAACUGAAGAAGAUCAAUUCUGAACUUCAAAACUGCCCGGGGGAAAGUAACUCUUUAUCAGGCUCUUCCAUGUCAUGGGCUGAGAAUGUUUUGCAUUUGUUAGGCUUAGAAUACCAACACCUGGAAAACUACAGGUACAUACUGGAUUGUCCUGCUGGUGAUCUUUAUGGCCUUCAGCGACAAAUUUGUCAGAUUUGGGAAUGCAGAUAUCAUGAGAUCGUAUCUCAUACUCAUAAUGAUAUUAACAGCCUUAAAAGCGAUCUGAGUAUUCUUGGAUAUUCUACAUCUGUUGUAAAAAAAAUAGCCUCAAGUAUUCCAGAUCCAUUCAUUAAGUGCCAGAAUUCGCUGUAUUGGUCUAUCCGUUACUUGGCGUAUAAGAUGUUUAAUAAUCCUAUGCUGGCCUAUGUGCCAAGAUAUCCUUUUAAGGAGGAGAUUUUAAAUAAGUUGUUUGAGCAGGACUUGGAGGAUUGUGAUUGCAACUCUGAGGAGGUUUGGCCAGUCAAGAUGAUAAAUGUCUCUGAUGAUGUGGGUGAUACAAAGGUUGAACGGUAUGUCAUCUUAUUCGUAUAUCCACAUGAUAAUUAGAGUAAAAUAGCUUCUCUCUGCAUGGCAUGUUUCCAUUUUAAUGUGGAAGAAUAAGGUUAUUAGACUGUAAUUUCAAGAAGUUGGACACUAUUUCUUUCACUUUGUACAACUUUAAUUUAAAUAAAGAAUCUGUAUGAACUAAAUCAAGCAUAAUUAAACAAUGGCUUAUGUCUAAUUACAUCUAAAUUCAAUAAGGAUCAGAUUGGUGUCAAACUUAGGCUGAGAUAAUAUUUUUUAAAAAACACACGAAAUUAAUAGUACCGGGUAUUUCAGUUAAUUUGUUCAUUUUUUUUUGUGUGUUUUUUUUAAGCCUUAAAUAUCUUGUUCCGUUGGCUGAAACGCAAUCCCCGUAUAUUAGCUACCGUACUUGUACAAAUGAAUUAAAUUUUAAUUUAUGGCAAUAGAAAAUAAUGUACAGGUAAUGCAUACUUGCAAUUAUCAUUGAAUUUUCAAUUGGAAUAUCUGUACUGUUUCUCACACAGUUUUUGCCAUUAGCAGGUUAAGGGCCUUGCUAAUAGUAUAUACAUUUUAAAAUAGUCAUAUUCUUUUUAACCCCCCCCCCCCUGUUAUGCAUGUACUUAACUUUUAAGGAUACACCCCUAAUAGUGAGCUUUAGAAAAAAAAACAUCCCAGAUUCUCACAGCUGUCUAACAGGCCCAUUGGUUUCCAAAAUAUGUACUACAUCAUCUGGGGCUGCACAUUGUCCACUGGCAGGGCCAAGGGGUGGCAGGAUAGGCCCAUUAAAGGAAAUCAAACUGUAAAGUCCUGUGUCCUUCAUUAGGACAAGGGAAACCAAUAAUUAUCUUCUCACUGGGCAGAACUUUUUUCAAUAUAGUUUCUGGAUUUGUUUCAGUCAACAGUAACUCACUUGAGUACCAAUAACUUGUUGAACUUGUUGCAGUUGCUAGAUCACACUUUUUUUUUAGUGUUAUGUACAUAGGUGUUUUAUUUAUUUAUUUUUAACUGUAUGUCAUAGUGUACAUGUUAGAAUUUAGCACAGUGCCCCUGUCAAAAACCUAAGUUGACAUGGGUGUCAUGAAUCUUAGCAAUUUUGGGAACCACUGGCUUAGCCGAAACAAAUUAUAUCAUACUAGUUAUAGCCAGCCAAACACAAGCGUCAUCAAUGCGUGAACCUCCCAUCUACUAAAGUUACUUGACAAAAACCUGAACUCGAGUUACACACAUUUAAGAAUGCCAAUUAUGCUACACACACACACCCCCUUCAUAAUACGUCACUGCACACUUUUCAUUUUACGCCCAUGAACUAUAGCCGACCCGCAGCUUAGAAGAUGCUGCGAGCUGGCUGGCAAGCGAGGGGAGUGUUUGCCUGCGUCUUGCUUGCUCUGGCGUAGCUAUAUAGUGUUUGACCGUCUUGUUGUUUGACCUUUGCUGGUAAAUUAUAUAUAUAUAUAGAUGCAUGUUGAACUAAAUAUAACUACUACUUCUACCACUACUUAUUUGGCCUCAUACUAGACUAGAGCACGAUGUUGCACUUUUUUAAAACCCCAUUUACUCAUCUUUAUCAUGCUGUCAUUAUUGCUACUUUUUUUGUUUUAGUAUUAAUUUCUAUAGAUUCUACUUCAAUGUGUUCAAUAGUUAAAACAUUUGAGCCCUUUAGUAAAUUUGGAGCAUAAGCUUAUAAAGCCAUGAUGAACUUUUUUGUCAUUACCUUAAUAAUGAUUGUAGAUAAGAUUUAGAUUUCUUCUAAAUGAUGGGUCAUGUCAAGUACUCAAAGGCCUCAAGGUGAUGGUUUGGGCAGUAAUGGCAAGGGGGGAAAAAGGGAGGGCAAAUUACAUAUUGAAAUAUUUUUUACUUUUAUCUUUAGGUAUCUUGAGAGUCAGGGCUCUGGACUUUACUUCCAUGGAACUUCACAUUAUGAUGCGAUGUUAAUAUUAAGAAGAGGUGUGGAUUUGUCAGUGGGUUCCAGUGGACAAGACUUUUCAAGUGGAGAUGGCUUCUAUCUUUCUGAUAGCUUAAAGAAUGCAAGGCGAUGGGCAGGUGCUGGAAGAGGCAAGAAGUACCAGGCAGUGAUUGUGUAUAAACUAAAUCUUGCUGAUCAUGAUGGCCUUGACUUGAAUGGGGGCAGCGAUGAGUGGCAGAAUAUUGUUGCCCUUUGCAGAGGUCAAUAUGAAAAUAACCUACAAAAAAUGGAACUUGUGAAGAAUGUUUCAUACAUUAGAGGUCCUGCAUGUAUUAAUGCAAUCAGUGCCAUUCAAAAUAAUACCACAUUUGAAUCAGAACAAAACAUCCAACUGUGCAUCAGAGAUAAGGCUUUCGCCAACAGUGAGUGCAACGUUAAGAACAUUUGCUGUGUAGUCUUCUAUUAACGCAUUCAUUACGGCAGUGCUACUUCCUGUACUUCAUUUUAUACCUAUGAAAGGGGGUUAACUCCGUUUUGCAAUUGAUUUACAUUUGUAAAAUAUUUUUUAAGCUGCUAAAUAUUAAUGUUAAUGAAUUAAAGGCAUAUUCAUCAGAAAAUGUAUAUAGUUUACUAUAAAUAUAACUUAAGCGGCGAACAACUAAGGAACAAUGACCUAAAUAUUGAUUUUGACGCAUUGCAUGACCACAUGCUGCGUACAGACGUGCCAUAAUAAAGCACUCAUAGUUUUAAAGUGAAUCUUCCAGUUUUUAAAUUGAAAUCUCGCAGAGUCAAGCCAUCACUGAAAGUCUAGAGCGAUGCAACAUUUCAUUGCUAUUUUUAACUAAAGAUAAGAGGGGUGUGUGGCUAUGCACCAUGAGGCAUCCGUCAAAACAUGCAUUAAGUCGCAACCUUCUAUCUUCUCAUUGGCUUGACCGCUAAACAUCCAUAUUAUUCCCAGGUAAGGGGAAUAACUCUAAAUUACAAAUUGAGUUCUUUUACAAAGUUCAACACAUCUCACUAAUUUAAAUAAAAACCUAUAGAUGUGGCAAACAUUUCAUUAUGUAGUGAAAUGAAUUAUCUAUCAAAUAAGUAUAGGUGUAUUAAUAAAUUGCAUAAAAAAUAAAAAUUAAAAUGUUCGAAAUUACGCAAUAAUUUCUAUUUUACAGGACAAUUUCUUUAUCACUACUACUUUAAUUACAAUUAUUUAAAACCAAAUUUUCUUAAACUAUAAAUGCCAUGCUUUCAGUUCAAUAUUUUAAAAAGCUUGCAUGUUUCUCAAUCUAUUUCAUUUCUGUUUAAAGGAAAAGGAAGUAGAACUUUUCUACUUUCAGCUAUGGCUACUUUAUUAUAUUAAACCAAUGGUUCUGGUUCAAUACAUCCUUUAUAUGGUAUGUGUAUAUAGCAGACGAUGGCGGGCGAUACAGUAUAAAAUGCUAGCAGGGGAUAUGGGAAGUUACUGGUUAAAUUUAAACCAAUUUCUCUCCAACAAGUUGGAAAAUAUGAUUGUGGAACAGUGCUUUAAAAGAUUUUAAGUGUUUAUACCAUUGUUUAUCAUUUAUUGUAAUAUAUAUUUUUCGCUUAAUUUUUUGUGAUCCUUCAACAUCGAAUCUCAAAAUACAAAAAGGUGGUGAAAUUGAAUUCCAAUAUUCAGACUGCAUCAUGCAGAACUCUUUCAUUUUUGUAUGUUCCGGGGUAUUGACCUUUUUUUUCGGGGUGAACUCUGUAUCAACUUUUCAGUACAGUUCUAACUCAAUAAACUCCUUACCGGCCAACCAGUAAUGAUUCAACCUUGUAGCGGCUAGAUCCCGCAACUCGACUGCCUGUUAACAUUUUGUGAUUUAAAGAGUGAAAAUCUUGAUAUUUAAAUGAAAAUCAUGUGAGAGAUGAAACUAAGGCACACUGCUUAGGUUUUUUAUAGAUUUUCCAGGGAUUAUAUAUAUAUUUCUUUUUGUUAGUAAAUGUUAGGAUCAUGUGUAGUUAAGUAAGUGUAUUAUUAGACUUUUACACAGGGAAAUAAUGUAGUACAAAACCUAAAGCAACCAAUUAAGAAUGUUUGUCACAUUAUUUCAUAGAUCUGUUUUGAAAAUAAAAUUUGUUUGAAUUUAUUUGUAACCUACAAAUGUCUAAGGUAAAACUGUAGUUCCCCUUCGGCUGGGUUUACAAGUAUUAUUACAAGUGAUCAAUUUCUAAGCACCCAAUAUUGAUUUUUGAUUGGGAUAACAUUAUUAACAAAUAGUACUGCAACUGUAAUAUGAAGAGGUAUUUUCUUUCGCAUUGUGUCUAUCUAGUGAAAGGCCUUUCUAUCUACUACUUCUAUCUUUAUGUCAAAAUAUUUUUUUUUUUUUAAAUUGAUAUAUACUUAUGAAAUUGAAAUGCUAUUUUAUAUCAUUACCGUAAAAUGGGGUAACUUUGGUCCAUUUUAUGUGAAACAUUGAAUAUUCCGACAAUACCCGUAAUUGUAAUUAUGAAUUUAAUAGUUAAUCUCAUGGGCUAUAGCAUUACCAUUAAGUACAAAUAAUUCAAAAACGAUUAUUUCUUCAAUUUUUUUAUUAUUUUAAAAAAAUUAUUAGUGGCCAAAGUUACCCCAACAUGGGGUUACUUUGGCAGGCUAUACAAAGAAUAUACAAAAACAAAGUUUGACAAAAAUAGGGUACCUUGGCCACAAAAGAUAUUUUUUAAAUGUAAAAAUUAACACUAAAUGAUAAUGUUCAUUUAGUAAACUUCUCAAAAAUGUUAGUAAAUGUGCCUUUCUUAGGUGCUGGUAGCCAUUCUUCAUCUGAAUCAGAAAAGGAUAUGUUGCCCAUACUAUCAGAAUCACUACUUGUCUGAUGUUCAGAAAGGUUAGCAGCAAGAUCAUGAUGUGGUUGGUCUGCAAUUACAUUCUCUGUGCUGCUAGGAGAAGGAGAAUCAUGUGUGUCAGUAUCUAUAACCUCAUCAUCAGAAGGCCCAACAGCACUUUUUCCAGGCUCAACAUCCAGACGAUGCUUAUGUCUCUGUGUUACCUCAUCCUCUUUGCCAAACUGCAUCUCUUGUAGGUGAGAUAGGAAUGAAUCUGCAACUGAUGUGUUGACAGAGUCCUCAUUUUCAUCAUUGUGUGGAAUAUGCUUCAGGACAGGAUCAGGGUCUGUGGGGGUAAAUUCCAGAUUUUCUAAAUCCAGCCCUAAUAUUGUCACCAGCAUUGAAUACUUACACUUACUUUUGUGUUGUGAAAAAAUACAAAGUUUGCAGUUUGAAAAAAUCAAUACAAAAUGGCUGCCAAAGAAGAAUGGUUGUAUUUCUGCACCUAAUGUAAUAGGACACCAGCACAUUGAUUGAAAAUAUUUUGAAAUGGUUUAAUAUUUGACACAAUUUAGUUUCAAUUGCCAGUAAUAAUUCAAAAAAUAAAUAUACAAUUUUAAAUCUUUUUUCUCCCCCUGGCCCAAAGUUACCCCAUUUUACGGUAUGUGAAUUGUAUGAUUUUAAGUUAAGAUGUCUUUUAGAUUGCAGGCCAAGACCUGCCAAUGUGGAUAUGUAUGUAGCAAUAAAAGUGAAUAACAUUGAGUUUAAUAUUAAUUUUAAUAUAUUGUGUCGUAUAAGAGUAAAUGUACAGGGUUCCUUGUCAACUAAACAAAAUGAAACCAUGAUAAGGAUGGAUGCGUCUGAAGAGCAGCCUUUAUCCAAAAUUUAAGUUUGGCGGACUGAUCCGCGAGUUACCCCAUUGCACCAUGCCAGAUUUAAUUACACUGCUAAUAAAGAUCAAUACUCGGAG